CGCGCUCAUCUGUUUGACUGGCAAAUGCCACCGCGGUGUAAAAGGCCAGUCAUUAUGGGGGACCCGGGACUCCAAAACGGCGUGGACCCUGACCGACCGACCGAGCUGAGCUCAUCCAGGCGGUUUAUACCAGGAUAAGAAAAGAAACGUCACAUAUGUCUAUAGUGUGAGUCCAGUAAUACAGGCUCAGCUGCUGGAGAGGCGGUGUUUGCUGCGAUUCAAUCAGAGUCAGAGUCUGGGAGGUUGAUCCAGGAGAGAGGGACCGUUACAGUCUAACAGGAUCCAGCUCUGAAUUUACAGAAUGAUGGAUGGAUUGUCGGUGAGAAGCCGGUCCGGUCAGCCCAUCCCAGUCAGAGCAAGGUGGGUUCACCCGGAGUAAAAGCCGUCUGCUCUUCCCUGUUGGCUGUAUGUCCGCCUCCUGCCUCGACCUGCAGACGUCUGCCGCCGCGGUUUCAGCACCACUGGAGCUGGACAGCGACUGCAUGGAGCCGCGGCCCAGCCCCGGCGCUCACGAGCCCGGCGGCGGUUUCCAGGCUCACCCGCUGCGGCACGCCGGCUCCGGAGGCCUCGGUAUGGCCUUGGAGGAGGAACUGUCCAUGCUUACCGGCGAGCGGUGCAACGACGACGGUCAGAGGGAGCCGUCGCCGGACACAGAGACGCCUGUCGCGGGGCAUAACGCAGACUUGCUGUCGCUCUUCCGUCAGAAGGAACGAGACUUGGUUUUGGCUGCUAAACUCGGCAAAGCGCUGCUGGAGAGAAACCAAGACUUGACCAAGCAAUAUGAGAAAAUGCACAAGGACCUCAACGAGAAAUUAGAGCACUUGGAGCAGGAGAAGCACGAGCUGCGCCGGCGUCUGGAAAGUCGAGAGGGGGAGUGGGAGGGUCGCGUGGCCGAGCUGGAGACAGACGUCCAGCAGCUGCAGGGGGAGCUGGAGCGUCACCAGGUCCAGUUGAGGGAGGUUGACCGGGACAAGACCAAGGCCAUCAGUGAGCUCUCUGAACAGAACCAUAGACUGCUGGAGCAACUCAACAGGGCUGCAGAGGUAGAGAAGCAGCUGUCCACUCAGGUCCAUUCAUUACGGGACGAUUUCAGGGAGAAGAGCAUGUCUACGAGCCAGCACAUGACACGACUAGAGACUCUACAGGCCGAGCAAGGGCUAGAAAUUAAGAUGCUGUCGGAGAGGAAGAUGGAGCUGGAGCGCCGAGUGCACGCCAUGCUGGAGGAGAACGAGCUGCUGCAGAGCACGGUGGUCGACCUCAGAGAGCGGACGCUGGUGCUGGAGAAGCAGUGUCAUGAGAAGGACUUGCAGUUGCGACAGAACCAGCUGGAGCUGCAGGAGGUUCAGUUGUCCCACAGACAGCUGACUGCUCGGCUGGAGGAGCUGACAGACGAGCACAGCCUGCACAGCCUCACCCCACACCCAUCCAGUCUGCUGUGUGAGAUAGAACAGUGCAUGGAGCAGGAAGAGCAGGAGCAGGAGCGGGAGCAGUUGCGUCUUCAGCUGUGGGAGGCUUUCUGUGAGGUGCGCUCACUCUGCUCCCAUCUACGAGGAAACGACGUCACGGACUCCGCGCUGUCCACCGACUCUUCCAUGGACGAGUCCUCAGAGACGUCCUCAGCCAAGGAUGUGCCUACUGGCAGCCUCCACACCAGCCUUCUGGAGCUGCGGAGACUAACACAGAACCUGCUGGAUGGCAACGAGUCCACGGGCUCGCGGCGCAGCGAUGAGGAGGCUCUGGAGGAGCAGGUGAGGAAACUGGGAGAAGAGCUGAGAGACACCAGGGAGCUGUACGAGGCUGAGCUCGACAAGACACGUGGCAGUGAACGAGAGCUGCUGCAGCUGCACAACCAGAUGGCGCUGCUCUCGGUGGAGGUUUGCUCUCUGCAGGACGAUAACAAGCGGAUACGGACGAUGGCUGAAGUGCGAGAACCCAGCGAGCAGCUCCAGAGCGCGAUCAGAGACAGAGACGAAGCCAUAGCCAAAAAAAAAGCAGUGGAAAUGGAGUUGGCAAAAUGUAAAAUAGACAUCAUGUCUCUGAAUAACCAGCUCUUAGACGCCAUCCAGCAGAAACUCAACCUGUCGCAGCAGCUGGAGGCCUGGCAGGAUGAUAUGCACAGAGUGAUUGACCAACAGUUAAUGGACAAGCACCAGGACGAGUGGCGCUCCUCCCCGCCAGGGUCAUCGCGGGCCCACGGCAGUCAGUCCUCCAGACGAGCACACCGCAUUUCCGACCGGGACAAGAGACUUUUCUCUUUUUUCAAGAAGAAUUGAGUCCCGUUGGACCGUUCCUGUACACAGCAGACAGACACAGAGACAACACGAGGGACAAGGAGGUGGAGACGGGGGGAACCACUCAGCCAAAGAAAGGCAUUGCCUGUUUUCACAUUGGCACAGUUCUGGCACGGUUCCAGUUCCCCAAACAAAUUAAGAACCAGUCGACUCAAUCAUUCAAAAUUACUUAUUAACUUAUUAAUUAAUAUAAACUUAUUAUUAUUAUUGUUUCUCUGCAAACCCUGACAUCGUCAGUGGGUGAGUCAACGUAAACUACAGAGCUGCCUGAUUUAGAACAAGCAAGGUAACGUCCUCUG